UCCUCGCUCACCAUUUAUAACCAUUACCUUCCCUUUCUCUCCUAUCUAACGGUUCCUUCUUUUAAGGUUCUUCAUGCAAGUCCCCAUUUAUAAUUUUUGUUUUUUGUUUUCUUGUUAAAAAAAAAAAGAAUGCAUCUUAGAUUUUCUCAAACGGAUUCUACAUUUUCUUUUUUUCUUUUUGCAUGCACACAGUUUAAUUAGAGUUGAUAUACGAUAAAUCAUCGAGAUGGGUCGUGUUAAACUUGAGAUAAAAAGAAUAGAGAACACAACGAAUCGACAAGUUACAUUUUCGAAACGUAGAAAUGGCCUCAUCAAGAAAGCGUAUGAAUUAUCAGUCCUUUGUGAUAUUGAUAUUGCCCUUAUAAUGUUUUCUCCUUCAAAUCGUCUUAGUCACUUUUCCGGUAAAAGAAGGAUAGAGGAUGUUUUUACUCGUUACAUUAACCUUCCUGAUCAAGAAAGAGAGAAUGCCGUAAGUUUUCCUGAGCUACCCUACCGCAGGAAUAUUCAGAACAAGGAGUUUUUGCUGAGGACGCUUCAGCAAUUGAGGAGUGAAAAUGACAUAGCUCUUCAUAUGUCCAAUCCGGGAGACAUUAACUCAGAAAUUGAGGAACUCCAACAAGAAGUUAGUAGAUUACAACAACAACUUCAAAUAGCAGAGGAGCAGAUAAGGAUGUACGAACCCGACCCAUUAAAGAUGACAUCUAUGGCAGAACUUGAAACCAGUGAAAAAAACGUAGUAGAAACCUUGGCCCGUGUAAUGCAGAGAAAGGAAAUUUUGUUGAACAAUCAUCUAUCUACGUAUGAUCCAACUGGUAUUCAGGGGAUGCCGACCUCUUUCGAGAACGUAGGUUGGCUGCAGGAUGGUAGUCAAAAUCAUUCCCAUAUUUUUGAUGCAUCCGCUCCUAUGGAUCCUCUCAGGGAUUUAUCAUCUACUGUGUAUGGUUCAUUUUCACAAGGGACGAGUUCAAACGUUGAUCCACGAGGUAUAGGAGACUGCCACGUGACAAAUCCAAACGAUGGAAACCUUCAAGCAUGGCCUCAAGGAUACACAUUAUAUCCUCCUCCUCAUCAUCAUAUUCAACAUGACAUGGUGAGAACUGAUCAUCACAUCCAAGAUAUGAUGCCACAUGGACAAAUCAACAUGCCAAUUACUGCCUCACAAGUAGAACCCCCCAAAAAUGAAUCAGCAGAAUAUGAUCAAUGUAAACAACCUAAUCAUCAGCUUCAUGCUCAAUGACAUAUACUACUAUAUGCUAUCGAGAUCAAGAAGCCAAGUCCAAUCAUUAAUUUUUCUUUUUGUUACAAAUAUGAUGUACGUUAGCCAGCUACAAAUUUUCAUAUUAGCUGGGUACGUGUAAGAGUACGUAUCAUGUGCAUAUAUAGAAACUAUACUUACGAUCAUCCUUGUACUACAGAGAAAAAAAUUAGAAUAGACA